AUGCAAUUUCUACUGGGGUUUUUUUUGCACCUUGGGUUGCUCGGUUACAUGAAAGCCCAAGAUGAAUGCAAAAGGGGCUCCUGUCACCCCACCACCGGUGAUCUCCUGGUGGGUCGCAGCGCACAGCUCACGGCUUCUUCUACCUGUGGGUUGGAUGGAGCCCAGAAAUACUGCAUUCUCAGCUACCUCGAGGGGGAGCAGAAAUGCUUCAUCUGCGACUCGAGAUUUCCAUACAACCCGUACACCCAAUCCCACAGCCACACCAUUGAGAACGUAAUUACAAGUUUUGAACCAGAGAGAGAAAAGAAAUGGUGGCAAUCUGAAAAUGGUCUUGACCAUGUCAGCAUCAGAUUGGACCUAGAGGCAUUAUUUCAGUUCAGCCACCUCAUUCUGACCUUCAAGACUUUUCGGCCUGCUGCGAUGUUAGUUGAACGCUCCGCAGACUAUGGACACACCUGGAAAGUACUCAAAUAUUUUGCAAAAGACUGUGCUGCUUCCUUUCCCAAUAUCACAUCGGGCCAGGCCCAGGGAGUGGGAGACCUUGUUUGUGACUCCAGAUAUUCGGAUAUUGAACCCUCCACUGGUGGCGAGGUCGUUUUAAAAGUUCUGGAUCCCAGCUUUGAAAUAGAAAACCCUUACAGCCCCUACAUCCAGGACCUUGUGACAUUAACAAACCUGAGGAUAAACUUCACCAAACUCCAUACCCUUGGGGAUACUUUGCUGGGAAGGAGGGAAAAGGAGUCCCUUGAUAACUACUACUAUGCUCUGUAUAAGAUGGUGGUGCGGGGCAGAUGUUUUUGUAACGGCCACGCCAGCGAAUGUGGCCCGGCGCAGAAGGUGCGGGGAGACGCGUUCAGCCCCACCGGAAUGGUUCACGGUCGCUGUGUCUGUCAGCACCAUACAGAUGGCCCGAACUGUGAGAGGUGCAGGGACUUCUUCCACGACGCUCCGUGGAGGCCAGGAGCAGGCCACCAGGACAGCAUGUGCAGAGCUUGUCGCUGCAACAGCCACGCUGACCGCUGUCACUUCGACAUGAUGGCGUACGUGCGGAGCGGCGGCCGCAGCGGGGGCGUGUGCGAGGACUGCCGCCACCACACCGAGGGGCAGCACUGUGACCGCUGCAGACCCCUCUUCUACAGGGACGCGCUCAAGGCCAUGUCCGAUCCUCACGCGUGCAUCCCUUGUGAAUGUGACCCAGACGGGAGCUUAUCGGGUGGCAUGUGUGUGAGCCACCCUGAUCCUGCUUUGGGGACUGUGGCCGGCCAGUGCUUGUGCAAGGAGAACGUGGAAGGAGCCAAGUGCGACCAGUGCAAGCCCAACCACCACGGGCUGAGCGCCGCGGACCCCGCGGGUUGUCAGCCCUGCGACUGUAACCCCUGGGGGAGUCUGCCCCUCUCAGCCUGCGAUGUGGACACAGGGCGAUGCUUGUGCCAGCCGUUCGCCACGGGACCACACUGUGAAGAAUGCACCGCUGGAUACUGGGGACUGGAAGAUCACCUCCGUGGCUGUUCUCCCUGCGACUGUGAUAUUGGAGGUGCUUAUUCCAAUAUGUGCUCACCCAAGGAUGGGCAGUGUGAAUGCCGCCCGCACAUCACAGGCCGCCGCUGCUCUGAACCGGCCCCCGGCUACUUCUUUCCUCCUUUGAAUUUCUAUCUCUACGAGGCAGAGGAAGCCACCCCACUGCAAGGACUUGUGCCUUUGGGCUCAGUGACUUUUGGCCAGGUGCCUGCCCUUCACGUUGUUUUCCGAGAACCGGUUCCUGGGACCCUCAUUGCGUGGACUGGACCUGGAUUUGCCAGGGUUCUCCCUGGGGCUGGCUUGAGAUUUGCUGUCAACAACAUUUCCUUUCCCAUGAACUUCACCAUUGCCCUUCGCUACGAAACUCAGCCCACAGCCGACUGGACUGUCCAGGUCCUGGUUAACCCCCUUGGAGGGAGUGAGCACUGUCCACGCGAGAGUCCAUGGCCACGGCCUCCGUCUUUCCCUUUACCAGCGGCUUCCAGAAUCAUGCUUCUUCCCACACCCAUCUGUUUAGAACCAGAUGUACAAUAUUCCAUAGAUGUCUAUUUUUCCCAGCCUUUGGAAGGAGGGUCCCACGCUUAUUCGCACAUCCUGGUUGAUUCACUUGGUCUGAUUCCCCAAAUCAAUUCAUUGGAGAAUUUCUGCAGCAAGCAGGAUUUAGAUGAAUAUCAGCUGCACAACUGUGUUGAAAUUGCCUCGAAGAUGGGACCUCAAGUGCUCCCUGGUGUGUGUGAAAGGCUGAUAGUCAGCAUGUCUGCCAGGCUACACAACGGGGCAGUAGCCUGCAAGUGUCACCCCCAGGGCUCGGGGGGGCCCAGCUGUAGCCGACUUGGGGGCCAGUGCCAGUGCAAGCCUCACGUGGCCGGGCGCUGCUGUGACAGGUGCUCACCAGGAAGCUACAGUUUGGGACAUCAUGGCUGUCACCAAUGUCACUGUCACCCUCAAGGCUCAAAGAGCCCUGUAUGUGACCAAAUAACGGGACAGUGCUCCUGCCAGGGGGAGGUGGCCGGCCGCCGUUGUGAUCGGUGCCUGCAAGGCUACUUUGGAUUCCCCAGCUGCCGCCCUUGCCUUUGUAAUGGGUUCGCCGAACUUUGUGAUCCAGAGACAGGCUCGUGUUUCAAUUGCGGGGGUUUUACAACUGGAAGAAACUGUGAAAGAUGCAUCGAUGGUUACUAUGGGAAUCCUCCUUCAGGACGGUCCUGCCGCCCUUGCCGAUGUCCAGAUGUUCCCUCGAGUAGCCAAUAUUUUGCCCAUUCCUGUUAUCAGCAUCCUUGGAGCUCAGAUGUGAUCUGCAAUUGUCUUCAAGGUUAUGCAGGUAAGCAGUGUGGAGAAUGCUCUGCGGGUUUCUACGGAAAUCCCAGAAUUUCAGGAGCGUCUUGCCAGCCAUGUGCCUGCAACAAGAACACGGGGGUGAUGGACCCCGAGUCCUGCAGCCGGCUGACGGGGGAGUGCCUGAAGUGUUUGCACAACACGCAGGGGCCCCACUGCCAGUUCUGCAAACCGGGUUACUUUGGAUCGGCCGUCAAUCAGACCUGCAGGAGGUGCUCCUGCCAUCCUUCCGGGGUGAAUCCUGCUGAGUGUCCCCCUGGUCGGGGAGCUUGCCUCUGUGACCCUGACACUGGCACAUGCCCUUGUCUGCCCAAUGUCACAGGCCGGGCCUGUGACCGUUGUGCAGACGGAUACUGGAAUCUGGUCCCCGGCAGAGGAUGCCAGCCAUGUGACUGUGACCCCCAGACCUCUCAAGGCGGCCACUGUGACCAGCUUACAGGCCAGUGUCCGUGUAAAUUCGGCUAUGAUGGGAAACACUGCAGAGGGUGCAAGGAAAAUUAUUACGGUGAUCCACUGGGGCGAUGCAUUUCGUGUGACUGCGACAGGGAAGGUGCCCAGAACCCACCCUGUGACCAGGACACGGGCAUGUGCCGCUGCCGGGAGGGGGUGAGCGGCCCAAGAUGCGAUCGCUGUGCCCGGGGUCACGGCCAGGAAUUCCCUGCCUGUCUGCGGUGUCACGGCUGCUUUGAUCCCUGGGACCACACGGUGUCUGCCCUCUCCAAAGCCGUGCAAGGGUUAAUGAGGCUGGCUGCUGACACGCAAGAUAAAAGAGAGCCCGUGCUGGUCUGCAAGGCCGACUUCAAAGGCCUCAGAGAGAACAUGUCUGAAAUAGAAAGGAUUCUGAAACAUCCUGUUUUCUCAUCGGGGGAAUUCUUAACCGUCAAGGAUUAUCAGGACUCUGUUCGGGAACAAAUCAUGCAGCUAAGUGUGCAACUGAAAGCAGUACAUGAGUUUCUAGAUCUGAAAGAAAGGAUAGGAAGAAUGGGGAAUGAAGCAGACCUCUUACGUGAAGAUCUUCAGCGAGAAAUCAAUUUGCGCUCCUGUGCCCGUAAUGCAAGCAUCAUGGAUUACUCAGAGAACAUCAAGAAGCAUUAUCAGAGAUCAUCAUCUGCUGAAAAGAAAAGUAGUGAAACCACUUCUAUCAUAAAAAACUCUGAAAAAACCAGGAAUGACUUACUUACUAUCUUUGAUAUGCUAACCUCAAAACAAAACUUGUCAUUGGAAAAAUUAAAGCAAAUUACAGUACCAGAUAUCCAAAUACUGAAUGAAAAGGUGUGUGGAGAACCAGGGGACAUGCUGUGCGUGCUCUUGUCCGGUGAUGGCCCCAGCUGUCGUGGCCCCCUGCCCCUCUCGAGUGAUGCCCUCCAGCAAGCUCAGGAAGCAGAGUCUGUGAUUCAUAAUUUGAGCGACCAGGUUCAGGGUUGGAAGCUCCAGCUCAAAAAUGUAAGUAAACUGGCAGAAGUCUCCAAAAACAAUGCCUUACAGCUAAGUGAGAAACUGAGGAAUAUGAAAAAUCAAAGUGAAUCUGAAGAAGAGAAGAUGAGUCUUUUAAUCAAAAAGCUGAAAACGUUUUUGUCAGAGGAAAACGUGCCUCCGGAGGACAUACAGAAGGUUGCAAAUCGCGUACUUGACAUCCACCUACCAAUGACAUCGCAGAAUUUAACCCAUGAACUUGACAAAAUAUGGAAGCUGCUGCAGAUCUAUGAGGGCUACGGAACAGACGGGGACAGGCUACAGAAAGCAGCAGAGGAAGCCCAAAGGGUUUUGGUGAAAACAAAAGUUGCUGAAAAAGCAGCAAAUGUUCUAUUAAAUCUUGACAAAACGCUGAAUAAAUUGCAACAAGUUCAAGUCACCCAAGGAUGGGUAAAUUCUACCAUCACACAGCUGACGGUGGAGAUAACGAAAAUUAAAAAGAACAUCCUGCAGGCUGAAAAUGGAGCCAAGGACACUAAGAAUGAGCUGGACUUAGCAAAGCAGCAGUCAGUGCUGGAGGACGGGCUUUCCCGGCUGCAGACCAAGUUGCAAAGGAAUCGAGAGCAAGCCACCCAUGUGACAGCUCAGGCCGCAUUGGCCCAACACCAGGCUGGGGGCCUUGAGCAGGCAUUUGCAGAGCUGAAAAACCAAUACGCUGUUCUUCAACAUAAGACCAGUGCUACAGGACUGACAAAGGUGACUUUAGAAAAAGUGGAGCAGCUAAAAGAUGCGGCAGAAAAACUGGCGAUAGAUACAGAGGACAAGAUAAGAAGAAUAGCAGAUUUAGAAAAGAAGAUACAAGAUCUGAAUCUGAGUAGACAAGAAAAAGCUGACCAACUGAAACAGUUGGAAGAUCAAGUUGUUGCUGUUAAAAACGAGAUUGAUGAGCAAGAAAAUAAAUAUGCUACUUGCUAUACUUAG